UGGCCAGGUGUCUCGCCCUAUAGGGGCUCGUUUGUGUUGACGCAGGGGCAAUUUGGUCGGCGUUGAUAUGCGCGUCGGCGUUGAUAUUAUACAACGGGGGGUAAUGAAACGGUCGUUGUUUCAUGGGACGGGGAGGCAGACGAGUCUCAGCUUUUAACGAGAGAUGUCGUGCAAUUGUUUAAAAUGUGCAACAGGCAAAUGUGCGUUGCGAUGGCACGCCAAGGUGUUGCAGAAGCAACCACAGCUGAAGAAUCGGCAGCAGCAGGAGAAGCAGCAUCAGCAGCAGCAGCAAGGAGGAGGAUGCUGGUGAUGAGAACGUGGAGCCCGGCUCCUCGCUGCAAGGUGGUGCUGGUCGGAGACAGCCGCUGCGGGAAAACGGCGCUCAUCUCGGUGUUCGCCAAGGAGCGAUUCCCCGAGAAUUAUGUACCCACUGUGUUUGAGAACUACACGGCAACUUUUGAGAUUGAGCGGCAGACGAUUGAGUUGAACAUGUGGGACACUUCAGGGUCCCCGUAUUACGACAACGUCCGGCCACUCUCCUAUCCCGACUCGGACGCUGUGCUCAUUUGCUUUGACAUCAGCCGGCCCGAGACUCUAGAUAGCGUGCUCAAAAAGUGGCAUCGCGAGAUCCACGAGUUCUGCCCCAGCACCGAGGUGCUGCUCAUCGGCUGCAAGGCCGAUCUGCGCGCGGAGGCCGACGCUCUGCGGGACCCGGACGAGCCUCUCGCCGGCCCCGUGUCGUACGACCAGGGCUUCAACGCGUCCAAGCAGAUGGGAGCCGCCGGCUAUAUGGAGUGCUCGGCCAAGACGUCGGAGAACGGAGUCCGCGACCUGUUCCGAAUGGCGACGCUCGCCUCCGUGGGCCGGGGGCCGGGUGCCUCGGGAAAAGGCAAGGGCAAGAAGAGCAAGACCACGCGGGGCAGCGGCCACCGGAGAGGCACGUCCGCGGGCGGAGGAACGCCGGCGGUAGUGCCGCCGGCGUCCAGCAUGGCCGCAGCGUUGAGGCGGAGGUUGUCCCAGCUGCCCCAGAGCUCCUCUGGCUCGGACAUCGGCCCUCACCCGCAACUCCUGCGCAGCGUCAAAGCCAAGAGCUGCACCAUCAUGUGACCGUGCUGAUUGUGGGCGAGUGUGGCCGUGUGUGUGUAGGCGUUUGUAUUUGUCCGUGUGUUUGUGUGUUUGUUUGCUGGCCUUCAUAGGUGCUUGCUAACAGCACUUGUCCCAACAGCCUAUUAAGGCCUAUACUGGGGGAUCUUUGUCUUUGUGUGAGGGAGUGGUGGUAUCGUGGUUAGUGCACUGCACUAUGAACCCGGCAUCCCGAGUUCGAUUCCCGCUUUCGGGCAAUAACAGUGGCGAAUAUUUGAAUCUGUCCUGGGCCCCCCCCCUAGGUCGACUCAGCCUGAAAUUAUUAACUGGUGUGAUGCGUGAAACAUCAACAUUUGGGUGACAAAGGCAGCCAAGGAUUGUGUUGGCCACCCACCCCCUCGUGUGCCCGUGUCAGCCUUCAUUGGUGCCCGCUAGCAGCUCUUGCCCCAACAGUCUGCUAAAGGCUAUAUGGGGCAUCUUUGUAUGCAUGUGGCGAGCGGUGGCACAGCGGUUAGCAGGCAGCUGAAAUCCCGAGUUGAUUCACUGAUAUCAGCAGUCAGAGGCGUAGCUAGGGGGGGGGCAGGGGGGUACACGUGUCCCCGGGCGCCAAGGUAAAGGGGCGCCAAAAUGAGGCUUACAACGUGACAUUAUAACUUAUUGCGGCGGGCGUGGCAGCCUGAAACUACUGCACAAAUCUACACCUCAACCUAAAACUUCAAUGGGACAAGAUCGUCUUAGCGAUGUUGCUCUUCUUAGCGUUGAAAGAGAAACAUUGGAAAAAACUGAUUUUGAUUACGUGAUUGACCAGUUUGCGACAGUGAAAUCAAGAAAAAUUAAUCUUUUGUAGACUAUGUCAACCAGUCUACGACAGUGACUGAAUGAGCCAUGUAAUAUAAUGUCUAUAAAUUUGCUUCUCUAAAUAAAAUGUUUCAUUAAAAUUUAAAUUGUUAUCCCUUAUUCGAUGUAAUAGGAAAAUGUGAUUAAACGGGGGGGGGGGGGGGGGGCGCCAAUUUUAUAGUUCGUCCCCGGGCGCAAAAUAUCCUAGCUACGCCUCUGUCAGCAGUGCUGGCUCAAUGCUCUCUGACCCCUGAGCCACCUGGUCACCUCCUUGCGGGUCGUUUUUAAGCCUCGGAGAUGAGAUUAUGACACCCGCACAUGAUGGCCAACUAUUACAAAGAUGUCGCAGGCUCUGAGCGAUAUGAUUUCAUCGUUGUGAGAGCCAAGACGGGUGGAGCAGUGGCAAAGUGGUUAACGCCGCAUUCAAUGAAUCUAGCGAGCUGGGUUUGAUUCCCGGCCACAGCUCACAUCAGUGAUAUCUGAACCAGUGCUGGGCCUCCACUAGGUCGACCCAGCCCUAAAUGAGUAACCGGUGUGUUGUGUAAGCAUCAGCACUGUGGAGACAAAGGCGGCGCGGCGUGGUGCUGGCCACACCAUCCCCUCGUGUGCUGUGCUAGCCAUAAUAGGUGUUCGCGAACAGCACUUGUAGGCUAUUCGGUGGAUAUUCAUCUUUUGUUUUAUGUGUGCGUUGUGUAUUUUCAUUUGUGUAUGUUUAUAUGCUGGCUGUGGUGUUGCCCACACCACGCAUUUGUGUGCCAUGCUGGCCUUAGUUGCCGGUCUCAGUAGGUGCCUGAUAACAGAACUUGCCCUUGUAAGGAAAAUCUUUGUGUAUGUCUGUGCUCCGGUGGCAUUAAUGUUAACUAAGCCACCACUUUAAAAUUCAAGAGAUCUGGGUUCACAUUCCUGCCAAUGCCCUUCGGUGGCAAUUGUUUCACCAUCAGAACUUGGUUGAGCUGAGGCUUCCAGAGGUUGACUUGAGCUCAUAAUAUAUUAUUGGCCGUGGCGGUAUUCUGAACGUCGAUGGUGUGGAAGCUAAGGCAUCGGGUGGUGCUGGUAACGCCACCUUCCUGUGUCCUGCCAGACUUAACAGGUGCUCGCUUGGCAAUGUUUGCACCAGCAAUCUUUUCACGCUAAAAGAGGGAUCUUUGUAUUUUUUUGUGCGUGCGUGCUUACGUGUUUGUGUGGUUGUUUCCCCAAUAGUUGUCAUGAUACAAAUGUGAUUUGAUAGGAAGAGUGGCUGUUUAAUGUUAAGUUGUAAACACAAGAUCGCUUUUCAAGGUUACCGUCCAGGAAGGGGAAUUCAGAAAUUUGUUUUUUUUUCCUUUCCUAGCAAGCUAUGUCCACGUACCAAAUCCAAGUUUAAUUUGAGUGACAUUGCCAGUGGGUUUUGGCCAGUAACGAUGAAAUAUUUUAACCAAGCGGUAAUAUUUUCUCAUUUUAUCAUGUGCAUAAUACAUUUCAUCAGGCCGGUUUAAAAUGAUAACGUGUUCACCAGUUAGCGUUUGUCGUCAGCUGUUGGCAAUGAUCUGUCGUGACUUUAUUUGAUCAAAUAAUGAAAAUAUUGGGGUGGCAGGGUGGAGGAGUGUAAGGUACAAUCUUUUCAUUUUGCUAUUAAGCCAAAAUGUGUAAGUACAACGAUUACAUUUUAGACUCGCCACGCUUCUGUUCUUGCAAGGCAGUUAUUUAAAGAAAACGAUUUGUGUGUUUUUUUUUCUUUCAAAUUUAACAUUUGGAUGAUAACAUUGGCAUACAGUGGGCCUAUCCUUUCCAUGUUCUAAUUAUAAAAUUGAGCAUGCUUUAGGCUUCAAGCAAGCCCUGUGGAGAUACCGGUUAACAUGGUAAAAUUACCACUGACUGGUAAAUUGGCUUUAUUGUGAACCCACCACUCCGUUCAGGUCAAGAAAUAUUGAAAGUGUCUCCCCUGCUCAAGUGAACAAUGGAGCCACGUUAAUUUCCCUCGGGUAGCCUUAAACCAGUCGCGGAAAUCCCACAUUCGGAAUCUGAAUCUUUCAUAUUUUUUAUUUAUUUUAUCCGAUGAGCUGUGAAGCUCUUUUACACAGAUGUCCAGUCGGAAGUUACAACAAUAAAAAAUACAAAAAACGAUGAGAGUGCAAAAUAGAGAAAAGGAAAGCAAGUCACGAAAUAUAAAUUAAGAUAAAUAAAAUAUACAAGUGCUCAUUGCAUGAGUACGUACAUUCCUGCCGAUUUUCCAAUACUGAAUGCCAGCUUGGGCAAGGCAACAAAACAAAAACAGUCCCAGACCACACUGAGACAAUAAAAUCGCACAUUCCAAUGGUGGGGGGCCAGUAUAUCCAGAUAGGAUGAGCACUGUCAACCUUCAACAGAGUAGCACUAUGCUUAUUGAUCUCAUGGGGGUGAUAGGCUGAAUCAACCACGCGGACAAAGUCUGGAACUCGUAACCAUCGCCCAUGGCAGAGUGGCCGUCAAAGGAGGGGAGGGGGACACGCCUGGGAGGGUGACCACCGUGGCAGUGCAGCGAAAACAAUCGGCGCACGCACGCGGGAGUUUGAUGGAUUGUUGCGUCGCAGGAUCUUGUGGAGGAUAGCAAGGGCUUGGGGAGGCCUUCGUCCUGCCGCAGACAGACGGCGGAGGAUGACGAACCUUGAGAUUGUGCGUCGAGCAGUCCGCCACAAGCACGGCCCGCUGGGAUGACCACCAGGCUCGGCAUUGUUAGCCGUGAUCUAGCCACCGCUGGCUACGCAAGUGCAAGUAACUCCGUGUUUUCUAAAAUAAUAAAGCACUCUUGCAGAGUUGUAUCGGAUAGACUGUGACGGAAACUGAUGUGCCAAUUUAAUUCAAAUUGGCUCUUUGCACUAUAACUGAAUUAGGAGCUAAUUGUGCUGAAAAUGUCGCUGUGUCUGUGACUUGGUGCAUAUGGCAAUGCACAUACAGAUAGUAAAUUGGCUCUUUUAUGUUACUUUUAAUGCACGUGUCCAUGAGUAAUGGGUUUUGUGAUGUUUAUUUUCAUUAAACGUGGCUCCGUGAUUAGAUAUGGACUGUGAUUAAUCCCACCGUUGCAGUGCUUCAUUUCUUCAAGCUACUCUGUCAAUUCUCUUUGUAUUUCACACGAUUCGUUAAAUCAUGACAAAAAAUAAACAAAAACCCAUGUCUG